GCCUGCAGAGUAUCUUCAAAGGCGUUUUGAAGCCCAACAGUACAAGAUUAAAGUGGAAAAACAGCUGGGACUGCGACCAUCCUCUGCUGAUGCAUAUCAUGACCCAAUACAGCAGGAGAAAAUAAAGGAAGAGCAUCUCAAAAAUCACCAGCAGGACAUGUCUAGAAAGAAUGAAUUGAAAGAACAGGAGUACCUGAAACAAUUGCAGAAAAUUCGGGAAGAAUACCAUAGUGAUAUAAAAGAAUUCAGAUUUAGAGCAGGAGUACUCCAGGAGAAUCAAAAAAUACAAGAUAAAACCUAUCUUGUGAGGCAAGGGACAGCUGAGGACCAGUCUGAAACCAAGGGUACAGCUGGAAAAAGAGAGGAAUCACUUCAGGACAUGGAAGAAAACUUUAAACAAGUCAGACUCCAGGAUAGGCAAGACCAAAAAAUCUUAGAAAAGAAACAUAACACAAAGGGAGGAGUAAAGUUUGAAAUUAAUUUAGACGUAUGUGUUCCUGAGGAAGACAGCAUUCAAGAAGCAGAGGUACUAGAUAAACUCUAUGAGACUUUAACUUUUGUGGAUGGUGAGAAUCUUAAGGAAAAAUCAGUGAAAGUUUAUGAAGAUCAUAUGGACAGAGCUUUGGAAGAACUAUCUGGAUACCAAACAGAGUCAAAUGAUAUUGGUGAUACAAAAGAAAACAGAAGACAUUGGCAAGCUGGAGCCCCUCAGACACUACUGAAUUUUUUAACUGAUGCUGAUGUCACAUCUGUAUGUCCUACUAUGGCUGAAAAUGAACUUGCUGACAGUGCUAUUCUGCCUGAAGACAUCCCAGAAAACAGGAAGCAGUGGAAACAAAAACCACCAGGGACACUCCUGAAUAUCUUAGCAAAAGCAGAGCUGUCUAGUGACUCCUUCAUCCCUCUUGAAGAAGAAAUAGAAAACAAGGAAGAUGAUUCAGAAACAUACUCUGCUGUUGCUGAAGGCAGAAUUGAGCCAAGAUCAGAUGAUGAAGACACAAAUUUUGAAGAUUCUGAAGAUGAACUCAGACAUGAGCUGGAGGAAUCUCUGGAAAAAGUGGCAACUUCUCCAUCAGAGAGAACCAUGGAGUCUCCCAUCCUUUCAAUAAAUAAAGGUCAAACAGAUGAAGAAAAGAUGAGUUUACUUUGCAAACUACUUGGAAAAUUUGAUGAUGAUUUAGAAAAUAACUCUGGGUCAUUUAGUGUUGACACACAUAAUGAAAAAGGCAAGCAGGAAGCAAGAGCUACUUAG